AUGGAGUCGCAAUUCGUCUCGCAGGAAAACGCUCGAAGAAACCAAGACCGUUAUCCCCUUGCCGCUGGGACCGUCCUUAAGUCAACUUAUAUGGACGAUUCUAUUGACAGUGUUGAAAACGAUGACGAAGGAGUGGAGCUAUACCGUCAAUUGAAGGAAUUAUGGGGAGUCGCCGGCAUGCAAGCCAAGAAAUGGAUCUCUAAUUCACCCAAAGUUAUUGAGGCGAUUCCAUCAGAACAACGCGCCACAGAGAUUAUGAUUAACAGCGGUCAAGACCUGAUAACGAAGACACUGGGAAUUUCCUGGAAAAGUACUGAAGACGUGUUUACCGUUACCACUUCUCCAGUUUCCCCGGAAUUUCAGAGAACAAAGCGAAACGUCCUGCGUAAAGUAGCAACGAUUUUUGACCCUCUGGGAUUCGUAUUCCCAUACGUUAUUGUGGCUAAGAUUCUACCUCAGGAAUUGUGGAUGCGAGGUUACGACUGGCACGACGAAGUUCCAGAUGAAAUAGCCAAACAAAUCGGGACUUGGUUCGAGCAAUUGAAAAGUCUGCACGAGGUGACGAUUCCUCGAUGUCUGCGAAGUCCAGAGCCCGCCAAAUCAAAGCACAUUGUGACUUUUGUCUAUGCCUCUCAACAAGCUUAUACUGCAACAGCCUAUAUCUGUUGUGGAUACGAUAACGAUACUACAACCAGUCGCCUGAUAGCAGCAAAGAGCAAAGUGGCACCACUGAACUCGAUGACAGUACCCAGACUGGAACUCAUGGGUACGAUUUAA